AUGGGUCGGGAGUAUAUUGGCCCUGCCAUGUUGAGACAAAUGCGAGGCAGAGCCGGCAGACAAGGCAAAACACAACUGGGAGAGACGUAUCUGUGUUGUCGGCAAACAGAUUUGGAACAUGUUCUGGAACUCAUGCAUGCAGAGAUACCCAAAGUUUCAAGUUGUCUUAGCACCGAGAAUCGACGCAUUCAGCGAAGAGCACUGUUGGAAGUGAUUUCCAUUCGUCUAGCUACCAGCCGCGAAUCCAUAUCUGACUACUUUUCCAAUUCCCUUCUACAAUGGUCGCAGCCGCCAGACUUUGUCCGCAAAGGGAUCGAAACCGGCCUCGAAGAGCUUCAAAACUUGAGCCUCAUCAUCUCCGACUCCUCAACAGGCUACGCACCCACACAACUGGGAAAGGCUGUCGUUGCAUCAGCCAUCGAUCCAGACGACGGCGUUUUUGUUCACAAAGAGCUUGUCAAAGCGCUGCGAGCAUUUGUCAUGGACGGUGAGAUGCACAUACUCUACGUGUUCACCCCAGUUCAAGAUUUCGGCUCCCCUGUGAACUGGCAGGUAUUCCGGAAUGAAAUGCAGUGUCUGGACGAAAGCUGCAUGCGAGUACUUCAGUUCCUAGGGAUCAAGCCCACUUCGAUUCUUCGUCUUGCUCAGGGUGCCAUCUUGAAGGAGACGACACCUGAAGAAAAACAAAUGGCUCGUGUCUAUCGCCGUUUCUACCUGGCCAUGCAACUACGUGACCUUUGCAACGAGGUUCCUAUCCAGACCGUCGCUCGCAAGUACGACAUGCCCAGGGGCUCGGUGCAGACACUAUCACAGACGUGUCAGGGAUUCGCAGCAGGCAUGGUCAAGUUCUGCGAGCACAUGGGUUGGGGGUACGGCCUCACCUUGUCCCCGCUCCCGAGCUCGACAACUUCGUCCCUGGAUGCUGAUGUGUCAACACAGCCCCGUGGCUGCAGCGUUAGAUCACUUCUCGGACCGUUUAAUGGCGGGGGCGAGAGCCGAGCUCCUCGCACUCUCCAAGGUGCCCUUCAUCAAGAGUCGCACAGCGCACAACCGAAUAAGUUGCGGAUCAAGGGCCAGAAUGAUGAAAUGAUGGAAGAGAAGAUGCUUGCCAAGGCAAAGGUAAUUUCGUCGGCGGCUAAUAGGCUUUGGGGCAUACAAAUGCAGGCUGAAAUGGAAGAAGAGUAG